AUGAGGCCCGAGCAGUACACAAAGGAAAUGAUCGAUGUCGUGAAUGCGAUUUCCGAUACCUUGAAGAAGAAAAACAAGAUCAAAGUCCCGAUCAGCAGCAAGGGCUAUAAGGGCUUCCUGCUUCUUCACUCUGUCAAGGGCGCUGCAGUACUCGGUUUUGAGCGUGGCCAUGGCAUGGCUUUUAAGGUCCUGGAGACCCAACCUGACGGCACGAACAAGCUAUCAGCGCCUGUAAUGGUAAAAACGUCGAAAGUGGCGAUUGGCUUGCAGCUAGGUGCGUAUCCGCUUGCCGCGCGCUUUGAAGCACUGCGUGCCGCGAGUGACUUCGCGAGUUGUUUUUGCGGUAGUUGGAGCUCAAUCGGGUCGAGUGCAUCGCUUCCAGGUGACAACUCGGUGUACAGCAUCAUGCUGCUGAUGGAGGACUCACAAUUGGAAGCGUUGGUGCGGGAGACCGAGACCAUCAUUGACUUCGAGGUGAGUGGAUACCCUGGAGUCAACUCGGACAACAUCACCACCUUCCACAAGAGCUCCAUGAGCGCUGUCAACGAUGGUUUCGUGAUUAAGCCGGCCGUCAUCUCGGCGUCGGACAGCCUCAUGGUCUGCGACAUUUCGUUGUAUGAUGUUGCUGGUGUGCAUGUGUCGCUAUCGGCAGGUGGCGUCUUGUCCGUGGAGUAG